AUGACAUCAUUUUUAACUGAUGUAUUGAUUACAGCAGGAAAGUUAGAGAAACUUAAUUUACAUGAAAAAAUAUCAGAAAUACAGAAAGAAAUAGUAAAAUUAAAAUAUGAUGUCAAAGAUUUUAUGGAUGAUAACUACGUUGAGUUUACGUCAAAACUCACAAGAGAUCAACAUUUGGUAUCAAAAGGAGAAAAAUUACUUGAGGAGAUGAACGCAUUGCAAAAAAGAAUAGAUGAUCAAGUCAAAAUAGAAUUAUCUGGUUCCACAAAAGAAUUAGAAAAUCUUUCUCAAGCAUUAAAAGAAUCAAACAUUAUGCUACAGAUCUCUAAUCAACUAUUAACUCUACAUGAAUACAUAAAUUCUGUAAAAAAUUGUCAAGAAGAAAAACGAUACGUAGACGCAGCUGAAAUAUUAUGUCGCAUACAAGCCAUUUUACACAAUCCACAGACUGAUUUACGCGAUCUCGAUAUUUACACAGCAAUCGAGGAAGAAUAUUUAAAUCUUUAUACAUCUUUUUUAUCCGAUACUACAUCGUUAUUGUACGAACGAAUUUGUUGGACCGGCAUUGGUGACGAGGAUGCAAAAGUCAUCACGUUGAGCGUAAAAAAUGAAUUUGAUGACAUGGAGGAUUUAAUUCAGGGUUUGCACCGAAUCGAUAACCUUUCAAGUAAUUUACAUACAUUCUCAACAACACUUAUGGAUUACAUGAUUAGUCCAAUUAUUAAUGACGAUUGUUCCGUAUAUGUAAUCGAUGAGAAAAUUUUCUCUGUUGAAAUAUUGAACAAAAAUAAAUCGCCCAGUUAUAAAAGCGUGCUCUACAAUUUGGAACUGUUAUUUAAAUUUCUUCAUCAGCAUUUUAAAUUUACAAUAUAUGAGGACAAAACAUUCCUAAAAGAAAUACAGCCUCAUUUGCUUGAACGAUUGACAACAUCAUUGACGAAUGAUUGUAUUUCACGAAUUACACCAACAUCAAGCGCUGACUUAAAAAACUUUACACCCAUUGUUCAAGCAAUCAAUGAUUUUCAAUACUUCUUAGUCAAAAUCGGCUUUAUUACAAACGAACAGCUUUUUUUAUCGGAAUAUACGAAGAAUAUCGAUAAGGUAUUUAUAAAAAAAAUUUGCCAGGAUUUAUUAGCAAAAGCGCGAAGUAUUAUGAAGAAAGAUUUACAUGAUUGCAUUACAUAUGAACCACAGAAGACAUUUGAAUUUCAAGCAAAUGCAGAUGAUUACAAUGAAAUAAAGGCGGAUGAAAAAUUAAGUUAUAAUACAUUUCAGCUUCCUAAAUGUCAGAUAAGCAAGAGUGCAAAAGAAACGUUAGAUCUUGUGAAAAAUAUCUUGGAUGAAGCUUGUAACAGUUCGGAUUCUUGCGCGAUUCAGUUAUUUUACACAUGUAGAAAUAUUUUCGAAAUGUAUGCAGGAUUAGUACCUGAACAUCAUCAAAAGUUUUUAGAAACUAUACCACAACAAGUUGCUAUGUUUCAUAACAACUGUAUGUAUCUCGCGCAUCAUCUUCUCACUUUGGGGCACGAAUAUAGAGACAAAUUACCAGAAUCCUUACAUCAUCUUAAUUUAACUUUUGCGGAUCAAGUAUUAAUAUUAAGAGAUGUCGGAUCAUCGUGUUUUUUAGAGCAUAUGAAGUAUCAGCGGAAUAUCAUUUUCGAUAUUCUCAAAGAAUCUGGUUUAUCAGCAUUGAGUCGAACGUCAGAAUUACAUCCUAGCACUGAGCGUGCAGUAAGACAGUGCAUUAGACAGCUGGAAUUAUUGAAAACUGUUUUGCUAGAUGUGUUACCUGUGAAUAUUUAUUGUAGAGCUGUUGGUCAGUUUAUUUUCUUUCGUGUAUUAUAUUUCCCAGUAUUUGAUGAUGUUGCAACCGAAUUAGUAACAUUAUUUAAUAUGAUCGUUAAACGUGCACCACAAAUAUUUCCGGAUCUUCAGAAAAUUCAUCAACAUGUUAGAAAAUGGGACAAAUUUUUAGAGCUAAUUGAAGUAUUGGGUGCAUCAUUGAAAGAAAUUGAAGUUAGAUGGAACAACGGUAAAGGACCACUUGCACGAGAAUUUACAGCAUCCCAAGUUAAACAGUUAAUUAGAGCUCUGUUUCAAAAUACCGCACGCAGAUCAAAUUUAUUAGCUAGCAUAAAAUAAUACUAAGCUUAAAAAUAUGUAUAUAAGAAAUAAAUGAUUUGCAUUUAUUAAUUUUUAUAACAAAUUAUCAUUAAUGUUAACA